AUGAGCAAACAGCCAGAUUUGAAAGCAGUCGCUUCGGAGAAGCUGACACAGCUCCCCGACUCGUUUUCCUCGCCUUAUCUGCAAUCGCUCGAUGAUGUCAACUCCACUGAGCAUCUCACUGGGGUGGCAAAGUUUGUUGAUGGCUUUCGUCGGCAACGUCUGGAUGGCGAUGCUGGUAAACAGUUGGCUAAGUCGUUGCUGAUGCGGCAUUUGGUGUUGAUGUCUAUGUGUACUGGUAUUGGUACCGGUUUGCUUGUGGGUACGGGGAAAGUGUUAGCUAGAGGUGGACCUCUUCUCGUCAUCCUUGGUUACAUGGUGUCGGGUACAUUCGUGUAUUGUACUCUUCAGGCUGCUGGUGAACUCGCCGUUGCCUAUUCAACCAUGUCUGGCGGUUACAACAUUUACCCUAAGAAGUUUAUCUCCGAUCCCAUUGCGUUUGCUACCGCGUGGUUGUAUUGUAUUCAGUGGUUAUGUGUCAUUGCCCUUGAACUUGUAACGGGGGCAAUGACCAUUGGCUUUUGGAAUGAAGAGAUCAAUCCCGAUGCAUGGGUGGCGAUAUUGUUCGUCUUUGUUCUCGUCACCAAUUUUUUCGGCGCUAGAAUCUAUGGUGAGAUUGAAUCUCUCAUUGGGCUCACCAAGAUCGUUAUGUUGGUAGGGUUUAUCAUUAUGGGUAUCUGUGUCAAUGUUGGGGCUAAUCCCAUGCAUGAUUACAUUGGUGGCAGAUACUGGCACCACCCUGGUUGUGCUACCACUUUCAAGGGAUUCUGUAACGUCUUUGUCACCUCAGCCUUCGCUUUCGGUCAAACCGAAUACAUCGCUUUGGCGGUGGCUGAAUCUUCAAACCCGCGUGCAGUGCCCGUUGCUUGUAAAAUGGUUAUCUAUAAAAUUGUGGUGUUUUUCCUCGGGUCUUUAACUUUAGUUGGGUUGCUCGUACCUUAUGACUCUGACAGACUUAUGGGUGCUGGUGGUGGCGGGUCUCACGCUUCUCCUUACGUGUUGUCAGCUGCUUUACAUGGCGUUCAAGUUGUACCUCAUCUCAUUAACGCCGUUAUUUUGAUGUCGGUUUCCCUGGUUGGUCUGAGUGCCCUUUACGCCUCUCUGAGAACCCUUCAAGCGCUCGCCGAAAAUGGAUGGGCUCCCAGUUGGUUCAACUACAUCGACAAAACGGGGAGACCUUUGAGAGCUCUUUGCGCCUGUUCCAUCAUUGGGAUCUUUUCGUUCAUCGCUGCGUAUCCCAAACAAGAAACCGUCUUCACUUGGUUAUUAUCCAUUUCUGGGUUGUCGAACGUGUUCACUUGGAUGGCCAUUGCUUACUCGCACAUCAGAUUCAGAAAAGCCCUCAAAUACAAUGGUAUUCCCGUGGAAUCGCUUGGAUACAUCUCUCAAACUGGUGUUUGGGGUUCUUGGUACGCAGUUUUCUGGUUUGCCUUGGUGAUCGCCGCACAAUUUUAUGUCGCUUUGUUUCCCUUCGGUGGCAAGCCUAACGCUGAGGAUUUCUUCCAGAGUUUCUUGUCGGCACCUAUCUGGAUUUUCUUCUACGUUUGUCGCGUGGUAUGGAAGCGUGAUUGGAGAUUUCAAAUUCCCGUCAGCGAAAUUGACGUUGAUGAGCAGCGUACAAUUUAUGACAUCGAGGUGUUACAGUUGGAGCGUCAAGAAGAAGCAGAAAAACUUAAGUCAUCAUUGCCUCGUCGUAUCAGGGCAAUCUUCUUGUGGUAA